AUGUUGUCUUCACUAUGCAUGAGUCCCUUCUCCAGCAAAGGAGAAGAAGCACAUUCACCACCAAGCACACAAACAUCACACCAUGAACUGUGUCUCCAUGAUCAUGUUCUUGCUGCUCCAUCACUGAGCCAAUCCACAUCUCCUUAUAUAAACCUCUUAGAAAACUUGAGCAUCUCAAAAAGGAUGACUGCACAUCGCUCACGUUCUGCACCGGCCGUACUAUUCACCAACACUGGCAUAGACUUUCAUGAGCCCUCUGAACCUAGACCUAUACAAAAUUCAUCAACCUUAAUGGUAAGGGUAUCUUUCGUCUCUGUAUUCUUGUAUUUGGCAAUUGGUGUUGCAGUGUACAUGAUAAAUGGGAGUUUCAAGGGUACCACCACACUUAAGCUUAUAGAUGCUAUUUACUUCACGGUAGUAACUCUAAGCACAAUUGGAUUUGGAGAUAUUGUUCCUGAUGCAACAUCUACCAAGAUCUUUACCUGUGGUUUCAUUUUGGUUGGUUUUGGACUUACUGGUUUUCUCCUCAGCAGCUUGGUUGAAUACAUCUGUGAUACUCAAGAAGCAUUCACAUUGAGCAUGAUGGAUGAGAAUAGAUAUAAGAGAAUUCUCUGGACUUACAUAGUUGAUGAAGAGAAAGGAAGAAUGCGAAUCCGGACAAAAGUUUCUUUAGCUUUGGUUGUUGUCAUUGGCUGCAUCGCAACAGGAGCAGUCACCGCUCACUUUCUAGAGGGUAUGAAUUGGAUAGACAGUUUCUAUCUCUCCAUUACGUCUGUUACGACAGUUGGUUAUGGCGAUUAUGCUUUCAAAACUGUAACCGGAAGAUGCUUUGCAAUUAUCUGGCUUUUGGUAAGUACAUUGGCAGUUGCUAGGGCCUUUCUGUACCUAACUGAUUAUAGCAUGCACAAGAGGAAACGUAAGGUGGCAAAAUUGGUUCUUCAUAAGAAGAUAACUAUGUCAGAUUUAGUAGCUGCAGACCUUGAUAAUGAUGGAUCAAUAAGCAAGUCCGAAUUUCUUAUCUACAAGCUCAAGGAAAUGGGAAAAAUAACUGAGACUGACAUUCUGCAAAUAAGCAAACAAUUUGAUUCCUUGGGUUGUGGCAUCUAUGGCAAGAUUAGUGUUGCUGACCUUAUGGUAAAUGUCUAAUUCAAAUAUUUACUUGGGUUGUU